UUAUCUUUCCCUUGAGCGAUCUAUUAAUAAAGGACCUUAACACGGUGGAAGAAGAAGAAGAAAAAAAACGUUGUAAUUGCAAAAGUGUCGGUUCACCUCGCGAGUCGAUUCUUUUAACUCGAGUAGUUCAAAGAUUUACCCAGCACCAGUCAUGCUCACCUCUCAGAACAUUAGAGCGUCGCAGGAGGGGCGAAGCAUCCAGAAUAUACUCUAAACCCAGCCAUACCAUUCGCAAGUCAUCCUGAAUUUCCAUAAAUCUGAAGAUGCGAGUCUUUUUGUGCCGAGUGUGAAAUCUUUGCGUGGUCAUGCUUUGGCACAUCCAGCUCACUGAGACAGCGAUCGGCUCUGAGGUGCUGCAGAUACUCCGUUAAUCUCCAUCCUGCUCCUUCAGAUGCACAGCAUGUCCCUCACUGCUGUGCUUUCAGUGCGUUAGGAUAGCACCAAAACACAGCUUAGUAUCAAAAGGAUUUCCAUCUCUCUCUCUCUCUCUCUCUCUCUCUCUCUCUCUCUCUCUCUCUCUCUCUGAUUGUGCAUCUAGUGUUGAAUCUGCAACCAUGCCUCGUCCUCCUCUUCCUCACCUCAUCAUAGGCUCCUCUCUCAUGCUCAUCACAUUUUCUAAAGUUCUUAAUGGCAGUCCAACACCUCUGUCCAGCGCCUCUGCUUCAUCUCAACCCAUUCUGGAUGUUUCUGUUGGUCUUGAACAUGAUGUCCUUCGGGAUGCAGAAAAUCCUGCCAUGCCUGGUUUGGUAGAAAGUUCCCAAGAGAGUUCUGGGUUCUUCAGUGAGGACAGUGAGGAGAAUAAGGGUCCUUUGGCAUUGCGAAAGUUGGAUGUUCAGGCAGAGUUCAACUCCAGUCUGGAUGCUGAUUCUUUGAUAGGUUAUAAUCCAUCCUCCACUCGUCCUUCAUCUCUCACUCUUCGCAAGGAGCCCAAGAAGCUUAAUUCCUCUUCAUCUUUCUUCCUCCCUGCGGUUAAAGCUUCGGACCCAGAACAGUGGCAGAGGGAAUUUGAGGCCAGUGGUUUUCCACUUCAUUCUUCCUCCCAACUGUCUACUACAGCUGCCGCCCCACUCAUACACUCCUCCGUCACAGACACACACUCCAUCACUGAGCCCAUGGCUGGGUUCUUUGGACCAAACAACCCCCUGCCUGAGGCCACAACUGGUGCUGACAGCAUUGAGGAGGACUUUGGGGAUGUAAGAGAGAACAUCCUCACCCAGGCACCUACCAUUCCAGAAAUAGGGGUAUUCCCUAGCCAAAUGCCCUUACAGCCUGACGAUUCCCAACAGGACGACUCAGAGGAACAGGACGAAAAUAAGGAAACUGCUUGGAAGCCACCUUCUUCAGCAGAUUCGGACAUGCCUACUGUGGCCUUCACUAACACUGAGACAGCCUGGAAUGAAGGAGAGGAGGCAUCAGAAGAGUCUGAGCUUCGGCAAGGAGGCACUGAUUAUCUGCAUGGUUUCCAAGAAGCAUCGCAGGUAAUUUGUGUUGACUGGAGCGAUCUGGCAGGAAAAGGCUAUGUCAUCCUCAACAUGUCAGAGGAUUUUGAUUGUAAUACAUUCCGUGUGGAGCGUGGUGACAGGCUGCUGGAGAUGCUGGAGAACACAUUCUCCAGGAAGAUGAACAGUCCACAGGGCCCGUGGCUCAUCUCGCUUAGCAAACCCACCAAACGGGAACACCAGCUUCUCAUGACACUUGCCAAUGAGCAGGGUGUCAUUGCUACUAAAGAUGUCCUGUCAAUACUGGGAGAAGUAAGGAGAGGAUUAAACAAGAUCGGCAUUCAGAACUUCUCCAGUGUGAGCGCGUGUCACUCCAGGCCCAGCCAGACACGCAGCGAUUACGGCAAACUGUUUGUCGUGCUGGUGAUCAUCGGCUCAGUGUGCGUGAUCAUCAUUGCAUCUGGGCUCAUCUACAUCUGCUGGCAGCGCCGUCUUCCCAAAAUGAAGAGCAUGUCACAUGGCGAGGAGCUGCAUUUUGUGGAGAACGGCUGCCAUGACAACCCCACGCUGGACGUGACGAGCGAUGGUCAACCGGAGCCACAGGAGAAGAAGCACAGCACCAAUGGUGUGCCAGCAGGCACCGGAGCUUGGCAGGGCAUGCCAAACAAGUCGGGCAAAGAGGAGGAAGACAAUCAGGAGGAGGAUACCCACCUCUAAUAAGGAGGAGAACAAAGGGAAAAAAGCUCAUUUUGUUAGGAAAGUAAGGUAUUCCAUCAGGGCAAAGAAUACCACAGCUUUUUUUUUUCCAACUACCUGCUGAAUAUUUAAAGUGAUUGUCUUUGGCUUGUACGGUCUUUUAUUUAUCUGCACCAGCGGCAGCACGUUCAUGUUCAAUCCAAGUGGCGUGGGUUGAUUCUUCAAUAGUGCAAGCGCAGAGAGGCCUCAGUAAAAUUUUAGCCGUGCUAAUUGAGGUGUAUUUCGUUACCGGCGCAAUGCUACUAAUCAGCCUUAGCUGUGAAGAAACAUGUAUUGAAAACCUGCCAAAUUUCGUCUUCAGUAAGUCUUGCAGUGUCAGAACUCAACACGAUAGCAGUAUUUCGUAGGAUCUUAAUGCGUAAUAAUGUAUUUCAACUGGCUAUUACAGUACACGCAUAUCCUAUUAUUUUCUUUUGUAUGGAUGCAUCUAGUGCACUUUUUGAAGCAGUACAUUAGCGACGUGUGUCUUAACAUGGUGAAGUUGCAGCCAACUGGCCUUGCUCUUUAAUCGCUUGUCGGAAUGGCCUCUCUACAAACGAGAUGUUUUUUGUUUUCAGUGUCAUAGUCGAGGUUCUCGUCAAUGCAAUGCGACCCCUCCUCAGAGAGGUCUUACACAUAUUUACUGUAAAAAUUGCACUGCACAGGGCUUACGUUUGAAACAAGCAAGUAAACCUUAUUCUGAUGUCCUAAUGCCAAAAUGAAGAUUAAUGAAGGAACCUGUUUAAUACAGAGGAGUGGAUGCCUAUGAUUUGUGUCUAAUUUCAAUCCACUACAUCUCUAAUGUGUGUUUAAUUGCCCCAGAUGAGAAUUUUGGCAUUUUUCUUACUGUGAAAAGAAAAGGAAAUUGUAUGAUUUAUAGUAGCUAGUCCACCUACAGGCCUGUUUUUAGGUGGGAGGAAACUGGAGGACGCAGAGGAAAUCCACAUGUACAUUACGGAGAAUACUGCACCGACCGUUUUACAGUAGAUGGGAUUCAACAACUGCCUUUGAGUACAGUACAAGGGGAAAAGUGUUGAAUUUCUUUUCUGUGGUAAUUACUACAGAUACAGUAAAUAGAUAUUAGGUUGAAAAACUCUGGAGUCUACCGUUAAUGAAUGACGGAGUUUAAACAAAGGCGAUUUGUAUAUGUACACACUUCAUUUAGCAUUCUAAGUGAAAAUAAGUCAGUUCGGUCACUUCAGCCUAUCUGAUAUUAAACUGGUAAAUUAGUCACACUUUAUUUCACAUAGCUCUUAUUACUACAUAACAAACAGUGUAACAUAAAGAUUGGUUACAAUGUCCUGAUUAUGGAAAUAUUCAUUACAACAUGUAGCUACGUAUCUUUACCACAGUGUGUUGUAAAGCCAUACUUACAGCUAAAUAAAAUGAUUAAUAAAGGCUUGUCUCACUAUUGGAACGUACCUUUUUCCAAAUUAACCAAGACAGGUGUUCCAUCGGGAAUCAUCUACAGGAGUAAUCUCACCCAAAAUGUUUUCCAUAGAACCUACACCCAAAUCAUCUUGAAAUCUUCAACGUCUACUAAAUAAACUAAUUUUAAUAGCAGGGAUAGUCAAGAGUGAAAAAUGUAUUUUCAAAGCAGAAAUAUAUAGUCAGCUGCAUGAACAAUUUGGCCUUUGGAUAUUUGGAAGCAGGGUCAAGGUGGGGGAAUGAUAACAUCAGGUGACAAGUUCCAUUGAUCCAAGAUGGGUGCCUUCAUAAUGGUAUAGUGUUUAGCUACAUGGUGAAGUUUUAUUAAUUUUUUUAUUUAUUUAUUUUUUUUAAAUAAAUAGAUUACAGUAAGCAGUGAUGGCUGGUCACGAUAUUAGAUGACAGGUUAAAAUCUAAUAUCUAUCAGUAUGAACAGACAAUGAAACUAUUAGGGAUGAGCAGUGCAUUCUAUAGCAAGGUCUCUUUGAGGGCAUAAUAAGAAUGAUGUGGGGCAAACUAUUAUACACAUACGCUUUAAUACAGCUUUAAUACAGAAUGCAGUCAGCUGCAUUCUUUUCAAGCGCAUAAAGACUGGGUUCAUGUAGUGUUUCAGCAAAAGAAAAGUUCAUUUAAACCAAAAAAAAACACUAAACACGCAGUUCUGUCGUCCGUUCUUUUGUGUAAUUUGGACAUUGUGUGCUUUGUGUAUCUAUUUUCAGUUUCUGCUUCAAGACAUUUUGGGGAGAAAUGAAAGCAUGAUCGAUAAAAUCCACCUUGUUCAUGUUCAUUACACUCAUUUUGCAUACCCCUUGGCUGCAUACGCUGAUGACGUUACAGAUUUCUCAGUGAAGUGAGCUACAAAAUAUCAACGCAAAUGGAGAUCAUGACCCAGAUAGCAGACCAACACUGAAUCAACACUGAAUGAAGUGUUAAUGCAUCAAGCAAACUAUCAUUGAAUCAGUGUUGAAAUUUAACAUUGAUUUUUCAUCAAGUUUGCAGCCUGAAAUAAUGUUAUUUGAAUGAUGAAAAAUAGAUCAAGAUGGACAAAAAAAUCUAUAUUAGUUCAACUAGAGGGAAGGGUCACGAGGUCACAAAAUGAACAGGAUUCAUCCUCUGAGGAUGCGUUUGCAUUGUGAUGAAUAAGGGGAUGGAUGGAUUGACAUGGCCGCACAGUGGUUUAGUGGUUAGCACGAUCGCCGCACACCGACAGGGUCGGGGGUCGAUUCCCACGGCUGCCCUGUGUGUGCGAUGUUUGCAAGUUCUCUGUUGGGGUUUCCUCUGGGUACUCCGGUUUGCUCCCCCAGUCCAGAGACAUGCAUGGUAGGCUGAUUGGCAUGUCCAAAGUCUCCAUAGUGUAUGAACGGGUGUUUGAAUGUGUAUGUGAUUGUGCCCUGCAACGGAUUUGCACCCCGUCCACGGUGUACCCCGCCUUAUGCCUGAUGCUCCCUGUGAUAGGAUCCAGGUUCCCCGUGACCCUGAAGGAUAAGUGGUAUAGAAGAUGGAUGGAUGAAUGGAUUGACAUUAAAUCUAAGCCCCACCAGUGGGGAAAUGAAGCUGAGCAAAAAUCAACAUUGAUUCACGGUUUGUCUUUUCAACACUGAAAAGCAGUGAAUUAUCAACAGUGAUUCAAUAUUAUUUAGCAUUGACUAGUCAACGUCAACCGAAAUGAUGAUUCUGAUGGAAUUUCAACAUUGAAUCAAUGUCACCUUGCUAUCUGGGAUAUCUACAGUCUGGGCUAGACUGUAAUCAGCACCAGCCUUGCUUAUUCAUACCAUUCUGUCAUACCAUUCAAGUUCAAAAUAAUCUGCUUUGAAACAUUUGUGUACAGCAAAUAAUCUGAUACGAAAAAUUCAUCCCAAAAUUAAACCUUGUAAGAGAGCACCUUUAUACCAGACCCCCCUGACAGUAAGUCAUACUGUGUUCCAAACCACACCAAGACGUCUGCGUGAUCCUACUGAAGAACUGGGCUAGAUGAUUCGUGGCAGAUACAUUCAGACAAGAUUUUGGGUGACAGACUCCUAAUACCUAUUGGGCUACAUGAGAAAUUACUACAUAUUGUACAGAAUCUUAAAAUACUUAUAAAUCUGUGAGUAAUACUGAAACAUUUAUGGCACUGACUAAAUGUGUUUUGUGAAAUCAUUUUAUUUAGUUGGAACUAUGACUACGCAAGUUGUGAAACGUCAUGUUUUAAUGAAUGUUUCCAUAUUACGUUAACUGUAACUUUAUUCACUAGUUACUACAGUUGUGAUGUUACACUAUAACAGUUGUUACUGUUUUAUUUGUACUAAACCACCUACUCUAUAUAACAAUUGACAGUGUGUAAUGUACUGAUUUAAUGUGCAUGAUGCCAUUAUAGUAAUAUAUCUGAGGCACAUAUCAGAAGUUGGCAGUAUUAAACCGAUCCAAACCGUUAUCGCAAAGCUAGAUGUCUUGGAUAAUUCAUUAUAUCUGUUUUCUGUAUGCUAUUACCUGCAUUGUUUAAAAAAAAAAAAGAAAAAAAAAAGCGCUGACUGAUCACAUCAACAUGAUCAAAUAGAACAGGCAGAUCUUGAUAAUCAUAGAGUAAGCAUAGUUUUUUUUUGUACUCUACAGUAACUGUACAG